AUGUCCUCGCGCGCAUCCGUUCCUGCGCGCGUGCUCCUUCAUACUUCUCCCUGUCACCGGUCGAGACGACAUACCUGUACCCCAGUCGCUCUGUUAUCCCACCCGUGCGACGUCAAAGUCAGCGUGAACGCGCCGGAAGGCAAAUCAGAGGUCCAGCUCUCAGUUGACCUCCCGCGCGCCAUCCCGCGCGCCUCGCUUGACGUCACCUUCUUCAUCGAUCGCGUGCGUGUGCGCGAUAAGGACGACGGUCGCGUGCUUGUCGAUGGCGCGCUGCCGCACGCGGUGGACGUGGACGGGUGCUUCUGGGAACGCGAGCUCGACGGGUUGCGCGCCGUGUUAACGCUGGAAAAGGCGAACCGAUACGACGCGUGGGAUAAAGUACUCGAGAGCGAUCUUCCACCGCCGGGAGACGAGACGGUGACGACGAAGUGCUACUUCGACGUGAGCGUAAACGGGAAAGCGAAGGGGCGGAUCGUUUUCGGGUUGUUUGGUUUGCACGCGCCGCGGACGUGUGAAAAUUUCAGAGCGCUGUGUACAGGCGAGCGAGGGACGAGCGGAACGAGCGGAAGACGGUUGACGUACGAGGGGUCGUGCUUUCAUCGAAUCGUGAAGGGUUUUGUGUGCCAGGGCGGGGAUUUCACUCUUCAGAAUGGUUGCGGCGGGGAGAGUGUUUACGGCGAGGAAUUUGAGGACGAGGCGUUCGGGAUCUCUCACGCCGAGGCGGGUGUGUUGUCCAUGGCGAAUCGAGGUCCAAACACCAAUACCUCGCAGUUCUUCAUCACAACGGCGCCGGCGCCGAGUUUGGACGAUAAGCACGUCGUGUUCGGGCGAGUGCUUGAGGGCAUGGAUGUCGUCGCAGCGUGCGAGGCAGUCGGCACGGAGAGCGGCCAGCCGCUCGGUCAGGUAUGCAUCACCGCGUGCGGCGAACUCGCGUGA